AUGUACAAUUGUCAAGAUGAUAUAAGAUAUUGGAUACCAUCAAAUUCAAGUACUGUAACCGUGCCAUAUGAUCCUAAGGCCAUUACAAUUCAAGAAGUUGGUGAUGCUUGUGAGGUUGCUACUAAUUUAGCAUUAGUAUUUUAUCUGAUUGAUUAUGUUCUUAAAGUUAUUUUUUUGAUUCAUUAUGGAAGAGUGGUACAUUCAUAUAGUAAAGUAUUAUUUGAAGAAAAGAUUGAUAAUGGAGAGGAUCAUGAAAUAGGAAAAAUUGAUGAUUUAGAAGAUGAUAAAAAAAAGAAUGACCAAAACAAUGAUGCAAUUCUUUCUACUGUUACUACUAAUACCAACACUAUCAAUAAUGAUAGUGAUGAUGAUAAAAUUUUGCCACCUUCUUUAACAACUGCCAGUUCAGUCACCUCUAAAUGA